GGUGUAAAAAAUUAUGGAAUUGGACGGGACAGAGAAACAAAUAAUAAUGGGUGGGUGUAGCAGCAAGACAAGCUAUUUACCUGAGGAUAUUCUGGAACAAAUCCUAUCCGUGCUCGGACUUGUGCUCCGAACUCACAAAGUUCGUCGCCGGUGUGGCACCAUUUUCGAGUACAUUGCCCGGACAUUCCGCCACCCUUGCCUCACCCAUUUUAUAUCGGACCACCUCCCGGAAAAGUGGUACUCGAUGCGCGAGUCGAUUCCGGGUCACUACUUGUCUAUCCAGGAAAGAAAUGGGGGCCCAAAACUACUUGCGUGGGAAGAAUGCCUCGGCUCAUCAAAGCUUCCCUUCAAGCCCAGCCCAGAUGACCUCGUCUCGAGCUGCAAUGGGCUGCUCCUGUUCGUCGAUAUUGAGACCUCCCGAUAUUACGUCUCCAACCCUAUGACUGGGCAGUGCGUGCCGAUCCCCCAGCCUGCAUGGGCCCAGGAGAGGCUCCUCUUCGCGGCCCUUGCGUUCGACCCAUCCCGAUCGUCCUCCUACACCGUAGUCCGGUUUGCGUGGCGCACGACCAAGCCGGAGAUGGUUCUCGACGUCUACACCUCGGCCGACAAAAGCUGGUCGAGCCAUGAGCUGCAGCUGGACCCAUGCAUGACCAGGCUCAACAUGAUGAGGCCCGCAACCUACUUCGAGGGGGCUCUGUUCCGGUUGUCGCUGACGUGGCACGUCGUGCGGUUCAAUUUUUAUCGGGAACUGGCGGGGGUCCGUGUGGCCCCUCUCCCGCUGUCGUACAAACAGUGCAAGGGGCUGAUGGGGUCCAUGGGGGUGCUGGCAGGCAAGCUGUGCUACUCCAAUGAGUUUGAGGACAUGCUUCACGUGUGGUCGCUCGGGGAUUGUUCUUUUGAUGUCAAGAGCAGCUGCCCGUGGGAAUUGAGGUAUAGGAUUGACAUAUAUGACUUGACUCGCGGCAUGGUCCUCAGUGGGGAUUGGCCCCCCAUUUCUAAGUGGGUGGAGACAGUUGCUUUUCAUCCGAGUGCUAAUGUUCUGUACCUUGGGACUCCUCGUGUGAUCCUUACGUAUGAUUUGGAGAGCAACAAUCUGGAAGAACUGACUAGGAUCGAGAGGGACGGUUUUCUCCCUGGAUGUUACUGUGCUGCCUUCACUUGCAUUCGUUUUCCUGUCCCUUUUGAUGAUGCCGGAAAUAUUUGUGCUCCCAAUUGCUAGUGAGUGUGUUGAUUUCCAGGCUGCAACUUGUUCCUUUUAGUUUGAUGUUUUUUAGGCAGCACAUUGUUAUGAUGAUGAACCGAUUAACUAUACAGUGCAGUCAAAAUAAUAUGCAGCUUCUUUUUAUCCAUUUGGCAUACGAAACAAAGUAUUUAGAGUGUGAGUAAUUGGUGCAUUGUAUAUACUGAAUCUGAGGGUGAGACAUUUCCAAAAGUAAUGGAUUGUGGAACGAAAAGCUCAUCAGUUGUUGCUAUGCCAAUUUAUUUUGUAUUGUUGAACCAAAAAACUCAUCUUAAGUUAUUUUUUCCCAUAUAUAGCUCACACAAACAUAGUACUCUCUCAACUUCACAAAUUUCAUGCAGAAUAUUUUGUUCUUGAUUCUUUCUAAUGUAUUGCUCAUGUUACUGUUUGAAAGGAAUAUAAAAUGACGCCGUUAUUUGUUUUGUAUGCUGUUGAUUUUUGGUUUACACUUGCUUAGUCUCUUUAUGUUCAACCUGUUGCUAGCCAAUUGAGCUAGUUGUUUCAUAUCAUUAAAAAAGUGAUUGAAAAUAUUUCUUUGUUUUGAUAUAUCCUGAGUCUGGCUCUGGCAAGUAAUAUAUGAGGAAUUCGCAGAUUGGGAAUAGUUUUGCUGGUAUUUAUACUGUGUGAUGUGGUAAUAUGCAAGUCCACAAUGACUUGGAACUUAUUGUUAUAUGGUUAAUUACAGAAGCAUUUGUUGUGAGUUUUUCUUUUGUCCUUUGCAAGACUUUACCACCACCGCCACUCUUGCGCUCGAUUCCAAUUGCUUUCUCCACUACAACCCUCAUCUCUCUCCCGACUGUCACCACCAAUAUGUGACCCCGACUGUAUUCGGCUGCUCGCAUCUCUUUCACCACCGUCUGAGACUUCAACUCGCUGGUACGGCCUCAAAUGUCAGGCGAGUGAAUUUCUCGGUGCUCAUGCCUCUGGCCCGACUCAGUGAGGUUAGCCUUAUUUGUGGUUUGAGAUUUCGCUUGGUCAUUCUAGGGUUUUUGGGCUGAGCCCCGAUUUAUGGCGGCCAAGGGCUGGGGAUUCGUGGCUGUCUGGCUGAGAUGGUUCAUUGUCUUGCUCCAAAUUGCUCAUUGACGAAAUCCGAAAUUAUUUGUGUAAAUGUAUAUUUUUUUUUUUU